UAGGUGACGCUGUGCUGACGUCACAUUCCAAUUCCACACUUGCUCCCACACACUCACACUCGAGCCACACGCACACGCACACGCACCGUCUCGCUUUCCACGCGGUGAGCGUGUUAGUUCGCGGGGCUCCCAAAGAGUGCGCACUGCGGCCGGCCCACCCGGGGAGUGGUUCCGCACACGCCGUCACAAUAGUCCCGCAGAGCCCGGAGGCAAGGCGAACACUCCGCGCAGGUCGGCGCUCCAACUUGGCCGCGUCUACCUCCGUGCCGCUCAACUUCCAACGCCGGGAAGGGAAUAAGCUGGAUCCGCUGCCGUGGAUUGUUGUUGACGCGCACCGGCUCCAUGGCGAGACACGACGCUCACGCCGGGCUGCUGCUGCUGCUGCCGGCGGCGGCUUGGCUCCUCCUCUGCGCCCGACAAGGCGUGGGCGCUCAGAAGGUACGCGUGGAGGAGGAGCUGGAGGCGUACCCCAACGAGUCCGUUGACCUGCGCUGCCAGUUCAUCGACGGCGGAGGCCGGACCAAACUGACUCAGGUGUCGUGGAUCUGGGAGCCCAUUGACGGCCAGCGGGACAACAUCGCCGUGUACCAUCCAGAAUAUGGGCAGAGUUUCCCCAACCUGUCCUUCAAAGACCGCGUCGUCUUCCUGCACAACAACCUGGAGAACCCGUCCAUCAGGAUUUCCAAUCUGCGGAUGUCCGACGCGGGCCGCUACACCUGCGAGUACGCCACCUACCCGUCCGGGAACGAGCAGGGCACCAGCACCCUCGUCAUGCUCGCCAAGCCCAAGAACUCUGCCAAGGUGGUGACGGUGCAGGCGGGCACCAAGGCGGUGGUGGUGGCGCAGUGCGAGGCGGCCGACGCCAAGCCCGCGGCCGCCAUCAAGUGGCUGGCGUCGGUCGGGGGGAACCACUCCACCAGCACCGUCAACGGACCGGACGGCACGGUGACGGUGCGCAGCGAGUACCGUCUGGUGCCCACGCCGGCCGACGACGGCAGGGAGCUGACGUGCAUGGUGGACCAGCGCACCCAGGACAGAACCUGGGUCCACAUGCUCAGGCUGUCUGUGGAGUACCCCCCCUCCGUCUCCAUCGAGGGCUACGACCAGAACUGGUUCGUCGGCCGGCAGGACGCCACCCUCGUCUGCGCGGCCAACACCAACCCGCCGCCCACCGCCAUCACCUGGACCACGGCGUCGGGCCCCCUGCCAGACACGGUGGAGGUGGACGCCAACAAGCUGACGGUGAGGAAUGUGGACGACGCCGUCAACACCACCUUCAUCUGCGAGGUCAGGAACAAGCACGGCGUGGCCAAGCACCAGAUCACCAUCCUCGUCACCGAGAAAGAACGUCCCGUGUCCUCCGGCCCAGCAACGGGUGCCAUCAUUGGAGGCAUCCUUGGCGCCCUCGCCGUCCUCGGCGCCAUCGUGGGCCUCAUCUUCUUCAUCCGCAGACGCCAGGACGACGCCGAGGGGCCGCCCAAACACAAGCCCCCGCCCCCGGUGAAGAGUGGCGGCUCCACCGAGCUGUUCAACAAGCCGUCGGAGCCGCCCGCCGCCACCGAGAUGGCGCCGCUCAGCCCAGGGGACGUCUACUAUGAGCCCACGGGGAGCGAACCAGUCAGGAACAAUGGCGGCGAGACGUCGGGCGCCCUGAACGGAGGCGGUCCUCCGCUACCGGACGACGACUACGACCUUUCCUCGGCCGACCACCACGAGCCCGCGCCAGCCGCCAACAUCGCCCGCGGCGAGAGCUUCGUGUCGCCCGCCAUUGUGUCGUCCCCGCAGUACCCUCUGUCGUCUUGAAAGUGAGCUGUGCGUCUCACUUUUCCCUGGUUCUCCCUCUGGACUCUUCCCUGCCUCCCUCGCGCUUCCUGAUUCU